UCAUUCAUUAAUAAAUUGGAUCACUGGAUUUUGGCGAGUAAUGGCUGAUGCUCUUUCGAGAUGUAUCUCGUAGAGCAAGCGGUGUUGAAGUCGUUUUCUAACAUAGCAUGUCCUCCCUAUCAAGUGAGAUCUACUUGGGAAAAAUUUAAAGCAAAACAAUUUUUCUUCGAAAGGGAAGGGUUGUUAAGACGAUUGACUGGUUUGCCCACACUGAAUGCAGGAUUAGAUGUCACAUGAAACUCAGAAUGUCAAUGUUACAAAUGAACUACAAGUUCACUGUGAUGAGAAAACUUCCAAGGUUGAUGAGGAUCAGGGAAGUGUCACAGAGAGUCUUCCUGGAAAUGUUAUUAUUCAAGACUUGCAUUCACAGGAAAAUGUUAUCGCAUCGUCAAACCAACCACUUUCUCUUCCACUGGUGUUGUCUUCAAAUACCCAUGAGCAAAGCAGUGAAGCAAAGUCACCAAGAAUAACUAUACCAUUGUCAGCUCUAUCGAGCCUAGCACAACCCAAUCAACUUGCGCUUGGAAAUGCCGUUAUAGAGGUCCAACAAUUGCAAGCCUUUUUAAUGACACUACACCCUCAAAUGAAUAGUAUAUCCUCAGUUGAUGUCAAUCUACCUUUAGGAAAUGUGCUAGACUCAAAUAAUUUAACAAACUUUCAAAGUGUCUGUAAUGCAGAUGAUCUUAAUUGCAAUAUCACUCAGGAUGUUUCACACACAACAACUUGUACUGUUGGCAACACUCUUAUUCCAGUCAAUGAAACAUUCUCUAAUGAAACACUUGAAUCGAUUGAAAACCAAAUGAAGUCAGCUGGACAAGGAGUAUCUUUCUCAGGGAAUGAGAGUAACAAAAUUCAAGCGGAAAUGAUAGCAGUUGAAGUACUUUCACAAACAGUCUCUAAUAAUGCUAACAACCCAGAUUUUCCAGACCAUGACAGUUUACAUAAAAGCACAAAACCUGAUAGAACACAACAAGUUGAAACUUUAUUACAAGACCAACUGCCAACAGGGACACAGAUGUAUUCACUGCAGAUCAAUGGACAGACCAUACCAUUUACUACAGUUCAGUUACCAAUUUUACAGUCACCACAACAAUCAUCAUCAGCAGCAAAUACAACUCAAGUUUUGCACCUGACUGAAGGGCUCCCGAACAUUUCAGCUCUUGAAGUUUCUGCUAAUCAGCUACAACUGCAGUGUACUCCUGUAAAAAGUACAGUUUCAUGUAUUGAUGAUCUUCCUACCAACGGAAAAGAUAAAUACACUUGUGACCUCUGUGGCAAAGUGUACAUGCGAUCAUGGUCUUAUUACAGUCACAUGCGGGAACAUGCUGCUGGUGACAAAGUUCAUAGUUGUGAUGUCUGCAACAAACAAUUCCAAAAUCUUAGUAACUUAAAACAACAUCGACUGACUCAUACAGGAAUAAAGCCAUUCCAGUGUGAUCUUUGCGAAAAAUCGUUCAGCAAUGCAAGUUCUUUGCGGAUUCACUCUCUCUCGCAUUCAGAAACAAAGCCUUACGUGUGUGACGUAGAUGGCUGCGACAAGGGUUUCAGUAACCCAAGCUCACUCAGGGUUCAUCAAAGAGUUCACCAAACCGAAAAGCCAUACAAAUGCACGUUCACUGGUUGUACCUUGGCAUUCAAAACGUCGUCUGAACUUUCAAGACACUCCUUCAGGCAUUCUGGGGCAAAACCUCAUGCUUGUACUACAUGCGGGAAAUCGUUCGUUCGUUAUGACGACCUCAAAAGACACUUUUUCAUUCAUACAGGGGUAAAGCAGUUUAAAUGCGACCAAUGUGAUUUCGCUUGCAUACAGUCGUUCGAUUUAGUAAAACAUAAAUACACUCACGGUGGUGAAAAACCAUACAAGUGCGAGUAUUGUGACAAGCAGUUCACAAGGCCCGCUCGUUUAAGGGAGCACCAACGACAACACACGGGAGAGAAGCCAUACAAAUGCGAUCAGUGCUCGAAGGCAUUCACGCAAAGAACGUCGUUAAAAUCUCACAUGCUUAGUCAUUCUGGAAGCAAACCUUUCAAGUGCGAGCUAUGCACCAAGUCAUAUACAACUGCCGCAGAUUUGCGUUCACAUAUAAACAGUCAUACGGGAAAACGACCUUACAGAUGCAGAGUUUGUGAAAAGGAAUUUAUUUCUGCCAAGACGCUGAAAAGGCACGCUAUUGUACAUACAGGGGAAAAGCCCUUUCAGUGUGAGCAGUGCGAUCGGCGGUUCGCUAGGGCGAGUGACUUGAAAGUUCAUAUGCCUGUUCAUUCAGAUGACAAACCGUUCAAAUGCGACGAGUGCAAGAAAAUGUUUACCAGACUUAGCACGCUUAAAGAACACACUCGAAUACACACUGGCGAAUUUCCAUUUAAAUGUGAAUACUGUGAUAAAAUAUUCAACCAUCGCAGCCAUCUUAAUGUACAUAUCAGGACUCACACGGGUGAAAAACCAUAUCGAUGCGAUAUUUGCAGCAAAGAAUUCGCGAGGAAAUCAAGUCUGCGUUAUCAUGCUAGGAUUCAUUUAGACGAUUUUUCGCGCGUAAAAAGCAGCCUCGUUGACGUGGAACUGGAAGAUUACAGUUCAACUGGCUCCUUUGACAGUCGUACGGCAGAUAUUGAUAUAAUCAGUGCUGACGAAGAGCUUGGCCCAAUUGAAGAGACCGUCAUGAACACCAAUACUCGCAAGCGAAAAAGAGAACCGGGGGAGAACGAUGAAGAUAAAUAUUUUCAAGGGAAAAAGAUGGCUUUUGAACGAGAGGGACAUGAAAGUCAGGUCGUGAGGACACUUGUUCAGUUGCAAAACCUUGAUGAAAAUAGUAUAAAAAUUUCAGAAAGCUCUACAGAAAGUCAAGAAUUCACAAGUAAUUCGGCAGUUGGCAGUUGUGUGUCGCUGCCGAUCCUGCAAGCAACUAGUCAAGCACUCAUGAUCGACACCGACGGCUCAUAUCAUACCCCUGCGGAGACGAACUGUGUUGAAGGAUAGCCAUUGUAUUUUUGUUUGAAUUUGUAAAAUAUAAAUUUGUGUUGUAUAGUUUAUUAUUUCCGUAAUAUAUCGAUAACGAUAUGAGA